UUCUCGGAGUACGUGCUCUGGAAGAGGGGCUGGAGUGCCAAAGGCUUCGGACUCACUCUUAGAGGUCCCAAUGAUUUUAAAUUAGACGAGUUCUUCGCGGGCUCUCCCGAGACCUUUGAACCCCAUUAUGGAGACGGAGGUCUCAAUGGAAAUGGAGAUAUCUAUGAUCCGCAGAAUCUGAUCGCAUUCCGUGACUUUGUUUUACGCAACUCUGAUAAUGGCGUCCAUUUUGUGAUGGCUGACGGGGGCUUCUCUGUGGAGGGCGACGAGAAUAAUCAGGAGGUGCUCUCUAAACGCCUAUAUUUGUGUCAAUUUCUGUGCUCUUUAGCUCUGUUGCGAACCAACGGAAGCUUUGUUUGCAAACUGUUUGAUAUAUUCACGCCAUUCUCUGUGGGAUUAAUAUAUUUAAUGUAUAGAGUCUUCAAAAAGGUUUCCAUCCAUAAGCCCAACAGUAGUCGUCCCGCAAAUUCUGAGCGAUAUAUUAUCUGUAAGUGGAAGAAGUCUGGAACCAGUCCUAUCGAGACCUACUUAUUCAAACUAAACUGCCAUUUGGAUUAUCUGUCUAAAAACAACUCUCCCGAUGACAUCGUAGAAGUGGUUCCCAUGAGUGUCUUGAAAGGGGACAAACAGUUUUGUGAAUACAUCACAGAAUCUAAUAAUACGUUAGGAAAGCGUCAAAUCAUAUUCCUCUCCAAAGUGAAGGCAUUUGCAGAGAACCCACAGCUCGACCUCAAUCAGCCCGAGCUUAGGAAGGAAUGCCUCAACUAUUGGAAGGUUGAGGUCAAGACCAGAGUAGCCCCCUCUCGACCCGAUCCCUUCUAUCGAUUCCAAGAACUCACUUCCAAACCAAAUGAAUUGAAAGAUUAUUUUGCAUAUAAGCCAAAGCUCUUAGAAGCAGAUAAUCUCAAAGAACUGGAAUAUAUUCUUGGUUUCAAAUGCAUGAUAUUGGGCGCAGACAACGACUACAACACCGGUGGCGCCAACUCUUUCUCGAGUGUCCGGGGAUUCUUCAUGGGUUUGGGCCGAACCCACAUAUACUACUGGGACGGGUCGUCGACAUCGAAAUGGACCAAAUUGGAGGCCAAGUUCGAGCUCUCGCCGUCGACUCUGGUUUACGGAGAAUAUGUUCAGGAAUUGAAAGGCGAGGGAAAGGCUCAGCGAAGAAUAGCCGCCUUCCAUAUAAUCGACCCCUUAUUCAUUGGCGGCACUGACGUGAGGGACAAGUGCUUCGAAGAGCGCAUAUCAAUGGCGGCCAAACUGGCCAAAGCGGUCAACAAGAGUAGUCAACACGAGUACGCGGCCGUCCGCAUGAAACGGGUGUACGAUCUGAAGCAUAUCGACCACAUCUUCGAGCACAUGGAUAUGAAAGAGUGUAAAAGUGGUGCUCAAAAGGUGCGCCUCUGCUAUGAGAUGAAUAGCGACGACCGGUUUAUAAUACCGUUCGGACUAUUGGUCAUGAAUACAGUGAAACAGCCGUGGAUUGUCAAGUAUAGUCGCAAUUCAAACAAAUUGUAUUACUUUAACCUCAAGAACGGCUCCUCUGUGUUCGACUUCCCGGCUCAGAGUUUAGCCGACUUUAAGUACACCUUCUCUAACAGAUUGCUGUGGAGGUGGGACUCAGACAAGUGCCUAAUGCCCGACCCCAUCGACUCCACGGCCAACAAACUCACGAGACAUCUCAUCCAGGAGUUCUGGUCGCCAGAGAAGGAGAAAGAGUUUGUCUCUGUUGUCGAACCAAUCAAUUGGAUCGACGAAUGCCAACAACCGUUGCCCACAACUAAAGAAGUGGAAGAAUAUUACAAAAUUGGACCCAAAGUGAAGAGCAUUGAUAACGCGACUGACUUUUGCGAUGAAGACAUCCUGAGGAAUGUAAUUACCUGUAAAACAGUGUUCGAUAGUCUUAGCGGCGAAGAGUUACGAAGAGCUCGGUCGACGUCCAACCCCUUCGAGACCAUCGAAAAGGGAAUGUUUCAGAACAGGGCGGCCAUGAAGAUGGCUAAUAUGGACGCCGUGUUUGGCUUCAUGUUCACCGAACCGACCGAUGAGUUGAACAAAUCAUUAGUCAAACCAAACGACUUGUUGUACUUCGCGGACAUCUGCAGUGGUAUGUAUUAA